GUUCAUUUCCGGUCCUGCGCCGUUUCUGGAGCGGAUUGGAACCCGGAGUCAGGAUUCGCUAAAUGAAGGGUCUUCUGCAGGAAAGUUUGGCAUAAUGGCUGAGCAGACGCCAGAUGAGUUCAUCUGGUGUGAGGACUGUGGCCAGUACCAUGACUCUGAGUGUCCCGAGCUGGGGCCCCUGGUCACUGUCCAGGACUCCUACGUCCUCAGCAGGGCCCGGUCGUCUUUACCGAGCAGCCUGGAGAUCAGACCGGGGUCCGACGGACAGGAGGGGGUGUUUGUGCUGCGCCGCCUUGUCAAGAGGACCCGCUUUGGGCCCUUUGAGGCUAAGAGGGUCCCCCAUCCGGAGCAGGAAGGAGCAUUCCCUCUGAAGAUCUUCCAGAAGGACUCCGUGGUGGUGUGUUUGGACUCCAGCAGUGAAGAAGACUGCAACUGGAUGAUGCUGGUGCGCCCGGCCUCUGAGCACACACACCAGAACCUGACGGCCUACCAGCUGGAUGGGGACGUGUACUUCAACACCUCGCAGGAUGUGCUGCCAGGAGCAGAGCUGAGGGUGUGGUACGGAGCUUUCUACGCCAAGAAGAUGGAGAAGCAUAUGCUUAAGCCUCCACUCCAACCAGCACCUCCACCAGAAGUGACAGAGACCUCUGAGGAAACUGCAGCCUAUGUGCCCCCAGUGGCGGAAAAUAAUCUUGCAGGCAAUCUGCUGAGUCAUCUUGAUGAGGUGAGGACAGCAGCGGUGCUUCCUGUCGACCCGCUCCUGCCCCAAGAGGAGAUCCUGGUGGACCCCGAGGAGCAGGAGGGCGGCCCCCCCGCAGCCCAGCCGGCCCCAAAGAGAGCGCAGGGCCGGGGCAGGAGAGCUAAGGGACGCCGGCCUGGAGCCGCUGCUACUGCAAGCAGACACAGAGAUGUGAAGCUGCAGCGCUCGGGGCCCUCAGAGGCAGACGGCAGCCUGCUGAGCUCUGCAGGCAGCGGGGGGGUCCUGAAGAGACACAAAGCGCGAGAGCACAAGAGGGUGUACCGCUGCUCCCUCUGCAGCAAGGUCUUCCAGAACAGCAGCAACCUCAACAGACACGUGCGCUCUCAUGGGGAUAAGCUGUUCAAAUGUGAUGAAUGUGACAAAUUGUUCAGCCGCAAGGAGAGUCUGAAGCAGCACAUCUCCUACAAGCACAGCAAGAACAUGCCUGACCACGAUUACAAAUAUAAAUGCAACACGUGUGAGAAAUCCUUUCGCCUGGAAAAUGCCUUAAAGUUCCACAACUGUCGCACAGACGACAAGACGUUCCAGUGCGAUAUCUGCUCGCGGUUCUUCUCCACCAACAGUAACCUUUCCAAGCACAAGAAGAAGCACGGAGAGAAGCUCUACUCCUGUGAAAUCUGCAACAAGAUGUUCUACCGCAAAGACGUGAUGCAGGAGCACCACAGGAGGCACGGUGUGGGACCAAAGCACAUGAAGAGAGAGGAGCUGGAGGCUAACGGAGAGGAGGGGACCAGGUACAGGAAGGAGCCGUCCCCCUGUCCCAUCUGCGGCAAGGUGUUCUCCUGCAGGAGCAACAUGAACAAGCAUCUGUUGACUCACGGCGAUAAGAAGUACACCUGUGAGAUCUGCGCACGCAAGUUCUUCCGCGUGGACGUGCUCCGAGAUCACAUCCACGUUCACUUCAAGGAUAUAGCUUUGAUGGACGAGCAGGAGAGGGAAUGCUUCAUCAAGAAGAUCGGCAUCUCAGCGUGCGACAGCGACGACACGGACGAUGAAGAGGAGGAGGAUGAUCCCGAGCACCACAAGUACAACUGCAAGAAAUGCCAGCUGUCAUUUGCAAAGGGCAGAGAGUACCUGAAGCACAUCCUGGAUCAGCACAAGGAGCGAGGCUACGGCUGCGGGAUCUGUAACCGCCGCUUCGCCCUGAAGGCCACCUACAACGCUCACCUGGUGAUCCACAGAGAGCAGCUGCCGGACCCUGCCGUGCAGAAGUACAUCCAUCCGUGUGAAAUUUGUGGCAGAAUCUUCAACAGCAUCGGUAACCUGGAAAGGCACAAGAUCAUCCACACUGGGGUGAAGAGCCACGGCUGUGAUAAGUGUGACAAGUCAUUCGCAAGGAAGGACAUGCUGAAGGAGCACCUUAGGGUGCACGACGACAUCCGGGACUUCCUGUGUGCAGAGUGUGGGAAAGGCAUGAAGACUAAGCACGCUUUGAGGCACCACAUGAAGCUCCACAAGGGCAUCAAGGAGUACGAGUGCAAGGAGUGCAGCCGCAAGUUCGCCCAGAAGGUCAACAUGCUGAAACACUACAAGAGACACACAGGUAUAAAGGACUUCAUGUGUGAGCUGUGUGGAAAGACGUUCAGUGAGAGGACGACUCUGGAGACGCACAAACUCAUCCACACAGUGGGGAAGACGUGGACGUGUGCGACCUGUGAUAAGAAGUACCUGACGGAGUACAUGCUGCAGAAGCACGUCCACCUGACCCACGAGAAGGUGGAGGCCCAGUCGUGUCACCUCUGUGGGACCAAGGUCUCCACCCGCGCCUCCAUGAACCGACACCUGCGGCGCAAACACCCCGAGGUGGUGUCUGUGAGGAUGGAUGAGUUCGAUGAUCUCCAGGAGCCCUCCACCAUCAGCGACUCCAUCAGCCUCGUGCAGGCCUCAGACGGGCUGCCUCAGGAGAGGACCGGCCGGGCCCCCCGGAGGAGGCACAGAGUCCCCGCUGAGCCGGAGCUCUCCGAGUCUGACGAGUACGUGGACUACAAUGAGACAAGGCACGAGCCGAUCGAGUUCAGCGCCGUCAUCGUGGGAGACGAGACGGAGACCAGCUCUGCUGUGCAGAGCAUCCAGCAGGUGGUGGUCCUGGCGGACCCCGGUGCUCCGUCAGCCUCCCCCAGCAGCUCGGGGGGGCUGACCAACAUCACGGUGACCCCCAUCAGCAGCCACCCCCCCACCCAGUUCACCAGCCUGCAGCCGGUUGCCGUGGGUCACCUGACGGCCGGCGAGCGGCCCCUCAGCCUGGACAGCUCCAUCCUCACCGUCACCUUCGACACGGUCAGCGGCUCCGCCCUGCUCCACAACCGCCCCCCCGAGCUGGUCCCGGAGACGGUGGGGCCCGGGGGGGGCUCGCAGUCCGUGGCCCACUUCAUCAACGUGACCACGCUGGUCAACCCCCUGGGCCAGCUGGAGGCCUGGAGGCCGGUGCCUGAAGGACAGGUCACCCACAUGGGGGAGGGGGCUCAGGGGGGGAGUCAGGAGGCCCAGGGUCAGGGAGAGGGGGGCCGCCCCGUGCAGAGCCACCCCCCCCCCCAUCAGAGCGGCUCCACACAGAUGUUCAGCUACUAACAGUGAGGUGCUGGCCGCCUCACUGGGAGCAGCAGAUUUGAUCAGACUGUACAGAGACCCUCACCCAAUGCCUCUCCGCCUGAAUGACACAUGGUUUCCCUUUUUAUACUGACAGUGGCUGAUAAUAAUGAACAUUAUAAUAAAAAAGAGAAAUGGUACAUUCAGCCAAAAUCACUGACACGCUGAUUUACGUUUCAAACCAAAGCAACAUGUGGAACAUUGAAAUGCCUUACCAGCUUUCUUAAAACGUGCAUGUUUUCAAGAUACAUUUGCUGCUGGAAAAAUGAAAUAUGAAAAUAUACUAACACUUAUUCCUAAAGUGUCCCAUCUAAAUGUUAUUUUUGAAUGCUGUCAACUGUAAUUAUUGUGGAACCGCUGGAAAGAAUACUGGAGUUUUUGAACUGUUAUUUUUUAAACAAAAUUCCUCUUUAAAUGUUUAUUUGAUUUGUCUUCAUUUCAUUUGAGAUUGUGUGGAGCAGUUCUAACUGCUGCUUACAAGCGGCAUGGCACAAGGCACCUGAAUCCUGAGCAGGUGUUAAUGGAACGAAUGCAUCAGAAACGAAGAAUGAACAAACAGCUGAAUCUCUAAAAAGUGAUUUCUGAAGACGUACCCUCCAGAGAGAUGAAUCAGAACAGAUCACAGCAUCCACAGCAGAAUGACAAAGCAUUCCAAUCCAUAGUAGGAAAAGAAACCGGGCCUAAUGGAAGAAAUGAUUAGAUUUUCACACUAAGACUAAUGUUUACUAAAUAAAAAUUCUCUUGUUUUUUA